AAGUUUUCUAUCAUCGUCUUUGUUCAGGCAGAAGUCAUGGCUUUGAGAACAGGGUUGAUCUACAAUGAACAGAUGAAGAACUACAGUCUGCUGUGGGAUUUCCCAGUUUGCAGUAUCGAAAAACCAGAGCGACUGUCUGCUUCUCUUGAGAAACUGAAGUACUAUGGUCUUGUGGAAAGAUGCAUCCCACUAACUGUUCGAGAAGCUGUCGAAGAGGAAAUUUUGUUGGUUCACAGCUUGGAUUACAUAGAAGCUGUGAAAUCUACUGUAUCUAUGAAUAUUGAAGAACUGAAGGCAUUUUCCUAUAAUUAUAAUGAUGUAUAUUUUCAUCCUAAUUCUUACCACUGUGCCAAAGUAGCUCUGGGAGCAACUCUGCAGCUUGUUGAUGCAGUUAUGUUGGGUAAAGUAAGAAAUGGGAUGGCAUUGGUCAGACCUCCAGGUCAUCAUAGCCACAAGAGUGAAGCCUGUGGAUUUUGUAUCUUUAAUAAUGUAGCAAUAGCAGCCAAGUAUGCGAAAGAAAAACAUGGAGCAAAGAGAAUUCUGAUUGUUGAUUGGGAUGUGCAUCAUGGCCAAGGAACUCAGUACACGUUUGAGGAGGAUCCCACUGUUUUGUAUUUCUCAUGGCAUCGUUACGAAAACCAGCAGUUCUGGCCCAAUUUAAGGGACUCUGACUACAAUGCAAUUGGAAAAGGCAAAGGGGCCGGAUUCAAUGUAAACAUUCCAUGGAACAAGGCAGGAAUGGAAAAUGCUGACUAUCUGGCAGCUUUCUUCUAUGUUUUACUUCCUAUGGCUUAUGAGUUUAAUCCAGAAUUGAUUCUGGUUUCAGCUGGAUAUGAUACUGCAAUCGGAGAUCCUGAGGGUGAAAUGUGUGCUACACCUGAGUGUUUUGCUCAUCUGACACAAUUGCUGAUGCCACUAGCUAAUGGGAAACUCUGUGUUGUGUUAGAGGGAGGAUACAAUUUACGUUCCCUUUCAGAAUCUAUCUGUAUGACCGUCCGAGCAUUACUGGGAGACCCUGUGCCUCCCCUGGUUGGGGAAAUUGUGCCAUGCAUAAGUGCCAUAGAGUCUAUUCAAAAUGUGAAAGCUGUGCACCAGCCAUACUGGAAGUUUUUAAAAUAUCAAGAUGUACUUAUUAAUGAGACACAACUUAAGAAACAGAACUUUGGUUUUGAAGGAAGUGAUUCUGAAUCAAGUACGGUUACAAGUAAAGAAGAGAAGAAAGUUCCUACAGACUCUGAUGUGAGUCAAGAUUUUGAGGAGUUCAUGGAUUCCCACAUGAAGAAGGUUCUACUAUUAGCCCCGGCUGUAAGAACUGCUUUGGCUGGUUGUGGAGAAAAGCUAAACAAAUUGGAUCAAUGCCUUAAAGUAGAAGAGAGAAAAAUCACCAUAGAAGAAGCUGGAAUUCUCAACAGGUUAGUUUGA